AUGUGCUGCGCGGUGAAAGAGGGUGGAACAAGCCGUGCUGUUAACAGAGCAACAGAAACAUCUUCAGAGGGAAGUACCACUGACGAGGACAUUGGAAAUUAUGGCAACGAAGUUGCCGUGGGAAUGAUGUUCAGGAAUAGAGAUGCAUUCAAGCAACAUAUGGCGCUUUAUGCUAUAAGCAGGAAGUUCCAAUACAGGAGUCGGAAGUCGGAGCCAGGGCUAAUGGUUUUGGAAUGUUGUGGGGACGAUUGCCCAUGGAGGGUGUAUGCAGUGAAGCUCAAGGAGGCUGAUGUUUUCGAGAUAAGAAAGGUCGUGCCUGACCAUUUGUGUACCGUGGAUGAGCGCGGAGGCUACCAGACCCAAGCCACAUCUUCGGUGAUUGGAGAGCUCAUGAGAAGUAAGUUCGGUGGUUCUUGCGGGGGGCCAAAGCCAAGGGAGAUAAGACAGAUGAUGCGUGGUGACCAUGAUGUAGAUAUAUCAUACUGGAAGGCGUGGCAUUCUAGAGAUGUGGCCAUUGACAAGGCGAAGGGGACUAGUCAAUCAUCAUACAGUCAGCUGCCUGACUACCUACACCGACUUGCAGCUGCAAACUCCGGAACAAUUACAGAAUUGUUGACAGAACCGGUUGAAGGUGGUGCAAGCUGGUUCAAAUAUAUGUUUGUGGCCUUUGGUGCGUCUGUUGAAGGAUACGCAUUUAUGAGGAAAAUUUUUCCGCUUGCGUUCGCCAUUGUUGACAGCGAGAACGAUAUGUCUUGGGAAUGGUUUUUCAAACAGUUGUCUGUUUUUGUAACCGGGAGCGAGGGAUUAGUGUUUGUAUCUGAUAGACACACCUCAAUUUUCAAAGCGGUUAGCAAGGUUUUCCCUUCAGCAGGCCACUGUAUUUGUGUUGUUCAUCUGAAGAGAAACAUUCGUUCCAACUUCAAGGCUCGUCACUUGGAGUAUCUAGUCGCCAAGGCUGCAAGGGCGUUCAGGCUGCAAGAAUUUUAUAGCAUCUUCAAUGAGAUUAAGACAAUGGAUCCAAAAUGUGCAGAGUAUCUGCUAGAUGUUGGGGUGGAGCAUUGGGCCAGGUCGCAUUUCUCAGGUAAUCGUUACAAUGUAAUGACGAGUAAUCUCGCGGAAUCUUGGAAUUCGGUGUUGCGUGAAGCCAGAGAAUAUCCGGUGAUACCGUUGAUUGAGUUCAUUCGUGGGAAGUUGACUGCUUGGUUUGCAUCUCGUCGGGAGGCGGCGGAAAAGAAUAGUGGAGCACUUACACCUAAGGUCUCGGGUAUUGUUACCGACAAUUUUGAGCACACUGGUGGAUACCUGGUUACUAUGAUAGCAGAGGAUGAGUAUGAGGUGAGGAACGAAAACGGAGCAGGUUUUCAUGUUGAUCUGGUCAACAAAACUUGUAGCUGCGGUGAAUUCCAGAUGCUUUCUAUACCGUGCUCUCACGGUAUAGCUUCAGCAAUUAAAGGAAAGAUUGGUGUUGAUUCAUUGGUUUCGCCUGCUUAUACGAUUGAGAAACUCAGGUCUGCAUAUGCAGGGAGCGUUUUGCCAGUGCCUGACUUCACUGGAUUGUCUGAUUUGGUCACUGAUUUCGGUGGAAUGCGGUUGUGUCCUCCUUUGACAAGGCGACCACCAGGGAGGCCGAAGAAGCAAAGGUUCUUUUCAAGGGGGGAGAAGAUUAUGAAGCGCAUGCGCAGAAGGACGGUGUGCAGCCGGUGCAAGGGUUUUGGACACAACAAAGCCACUUGCAAGGAAGCUAUAUAA